UCGUACAGCCGAAGAGACUGAGACACAGGGAGGGGUCGUCAUGGGCUGAAAGCUACAGAGCCGGAGAGUGACGCUCUUGGCCUUUCUCCCAGUUCUGGCUCUGGAGCCUGUGCACACUUCAGGUGUCCAAGAAAUGCUGCUUACAGUGUGUCGCCAGAUGCCACGAGCAUCGUGCAGUGCACGGUUCACACUGCCGUGUCGAGUGUGGUCGGGAGUGGGUGAUAACCGACCAAAGUCCCCUCGUUUGGCCUUCCCGAGCUUGGGCAACCAGCCCACCUGCCUUUCUCCUCCGCUGCCCAGUCGACUGCCCGAGGACCUUCAGGAUUGGGGUUGAGUGGGUGUGUGCAUGAUCGGGGGCUCGGGCAUUGUCAUCAUCCCAAGACAGAGCGCUUCUUAGGGGCGAGGAAUGAGCACUCCUAGGUCCUUGUGGAGCUGUUCCAGAGAGCCAGCUCCUUUCUUGUCCAGCUCGCUGUCCCCCGGCGGCCUGGACCUGACCCCAGUCUGCGCUCUUCUCCCCGCAGGGAGCCGGGAGGCUGCCUUUACGUACGCCAUCAUUGCUGCCGGAGUGGCCCACGCCAUCACAGCGGCCUGCACCCAGGGCAACCUGAGCGACUGUGGCUGCGACAAGGAGAAGCAAGGCCAGUACCACCGGGACGAGGGCUGGAAGUGGGGUGGCUGCUCUGCCGACAUCCGCUACGGCAUCGGCUUCGCCAAGGUCUUUGUGGAUGCCCGGGAGAUCAAGCAGAAUGCCCGGACUCUCAUGAACUUACACAAUAACGAGGCAGGCCGAAAGAUCCUGGAGGAGAACAUGAAGCUGGAGUGUAAGUGCCACGGUGUGUCGGGCUCGUGUACCACCAAGACGUGCUGGACCACGCUGCCACAGUUUCGGGAGCUGGGCUACGUGCUCAAGGACAAGUACAACGAGGCCGUCCACGUGGAGCCCGUGCGUGCCAGCCGCAACAAGAGGCCCACCUUCCUGAAGAUCAAGAAGCCGCUGUCCUACCGCAAGCCCAUGGACACAGACCUGGUGUAUAUCGAGAAGUCGCCCAACUACUGCGAGGAGGACCCGGUGACGGGCAGCGUGGGCACGCAGGGCCGCGCCUGCAACAAGACGGCGCCCCAGGCCAGCGGCUGCGACCUCAUGUGCUGCGGCCGCGGCUACAACACCCACCAGUAUGCGCGCGUGUGGCAGUGCAACUGCAAGUUCCACUGGUGCUGCUACGUCAAGUGCAACACCUGCAGCGAGCGCACCGAGGUGUACACGUGCAAGUGAGCCCGCGGCCCGGCUGGCCGCCUCCCGCUGCAGCUUCGCCUGCGGGAGGACCGGACUGCAGUCCCCCUGGAGGUCACCUCCCAGACCUUCCCGGGGAACCGCAGGACACUGAGCUUGUCUUUUCUGCUGAGGGGGCCCCUCUCCUGGGUCUCCCGCCGGCACCUGUGGUAGAGAUGGCUCCGGAGCCCUGACCGUUCCAUUCCACGCCCAGCGCUGCUCCUCCCGCCCCAGACCCACCUGGGGCCCUCCUCCUCUGGAGCACAGCCUUUCGCAGCAGGAAGUCUGGACCCUGGGGCCUCAUCAUAGCAAUAUUUAACAAUUUAUUCUGAUAAAAAAUAAUAUUAAUUUAUUUAAUUAAAAAGAGUCCUUCCACCUCGUAGGGAUCCGUUUUCUGCAAUCAAAGUGGGCCGCUUGCUUCCCCUGCGGGAUGACGUCGCUAGGACCAGGACCCAAGAGAACUGUACCCUUAUUCUGUGUGCAGAUGGCUCUGCUAGGUGAUUUCGCAGGACCCUUUUGCCGCAGUAGAUGUUUCAGUCCAGAGCAGACGUCCUGUAAGCAUAUAUAGAUAUAUUUACAUACACUUUUAUAUGUUUUUGCUGUUGCUGCUACUUAUCCAGAAAUUUAAGCUGGUCCAGAUUUGGAGACGUUUUCCAGAAUACGUUUCCCACUCUUUGGUCCCCCCCAGCUCAGACUUCGCCAUUAGAAAAACCCAGUUUGGAAUAGAAAGAGAGAGGAAAGAUAAUAAUAAAACUCCCAACGGUUUUCAUCUUUUGGAAAGUGAGCCACUGGAUGAGAGAGAGUAUUUUGUAAGAGACUAUUUUUAUAUGAAUAUUUUAUUUAUAUCGAGUCUGCCUGUAUCAUUCCGUGGCCUCUGCUGCUGCUUAACUCUGGUACUCACCUUUGGGUAAGGAGAGGCGAGGCCUGGCCCUGGGGUCCCGCCCCACGGGGCCCCUCACGUAGCUGGGUUCUCGAGUUCUGUUGGCCAAGUGGACAGAAGAGGCCCCUGGCUGCCGGCCUGCAGUGUCAUCGGUUUUCCCUGGGAGAGGAAUCAGAUCCCCAGCCCCAGCCUGGUAAGCUCAGGCCUUUUGAGCAGGGUCACUGAGUGGUGACCUCAUGAUGAGCAAUUUGGGGGCAGGCCGGUGCCCUCGGCGUUGCACGGCCGUCACAGGGACUCAGUCAUCGCCGCUCAACAGAAGCCAGCUCAGGAAGCCUACCCCUCAGCAGGACACUCUGCCGUUACCGUGUGUCAUGGGGGGUGAGGCACAGCCCUCAGUGAUGGGGCAGGAAAGCUAGGGCGAGGCGUCCCAUGGGCAGCAGGGCCCACAGGGCUCCCUGGAUGUCAUGGUCCCAGGGCAGACCAGCAGAGGGAGGCAUGGACGAGGCCUCUCUGCCCUGGGUGCACCUGUGUCCAGUGCCUCUCAAUCUGGAAAGCUCUCCUCCAGGAGGCUGUGGGGGUUCCAAUAUGUGUCCGCUUGCAUUUCCGUGUGUGUGUGUGUGUGUGUGUGUGUGUGACUUUAGGGGUUCCUGGGGUAGUCAUGUAACUUGGGGACCUCUGGGGUGCUGAUGUGUGUACGUCUUGUGUGCUCCUGCGUGUACCUGCCAUCUGUGUGUCUCCCUCCGCGUGUCUCAGAGACUCUGGGUGAUGUGAGCAUGUGAGUGUGUGCCUGUGCACCUGCCGGUCCCAGCUGUCUCUGCUUGCGGUUGAGGGCUGAUGGAGUGAGACGGACUGCAGGGACCUUUGGCGAUUGUGUUGAGCCACCAAGAGAUGGCACUUCUCUACUCUGUGCCCACAGACACUGGUGAAACUCGGACACCUCUGAGACCAUAGCCCCAUGGCCCCACACGCCGGGAGCCCUCCCCUGUGUAGGCCGUGUUGGACUCCCCAGUGUCAGCACUGGGCCUGGAUCACAGCGUGGACGAAUAAAAUGGCUGGAUGGUUGGUUGAUUUCUUCCCUUGAA